AUGUUUCCGCGAUGCUUUCGCGACUACAUUGUACAAUCCUUUGGCCAUCGCAUUAUCUCAGUUUCUCAGCUGAGCCUACUUAUUGACCGAAACAGGUUCUUACAUAGACAACUUUGGAAUAUCCCGACCAUUUGGACUGACUGCCUAGAUCGUAUUUACAAUCACCAUCAUGAUAUCCAAGUUGAAUCUCCGUAA